AAUCAUUCCCUGCAACAGGAUAGUUACAUUUCCUUCACUUCUUCUGCCCUAUUCAUGACUUUUUCACUCUGAAAGAAGCUACAAUCAUAAAAACGACUCUGGAUUUCAUAGAAUGGGAUUUUUAUAUAUCUUUGUGAUUCAAACUAUAAUACUACAUUUUGUUUGCUGUUUUCCGAGCUGCAAAUACUACUUAAACCGUCGGAGAGAAGGUGUAUUUCGUUAUGAUCGUCACACAAGGUACCAGUUGACAUAUCAAGAUGCCCAAGCAGCUUGUCUGCAAGAUUUUGGAGCUACUUUAGCAACCAGGGAGCAGCUUUUGGAAGCACUUAAAUCUGGACUGGAGGAAUGUCGAGCUGGCUGGAUUAUUUUAGCAGAGGUUGCUUACCCCAGGGUCAACAAACACUGGAACUGUGGGGAAAAUAAAACUGGUAUAAUAUCUUAUGGAAUUAGGCAAAAUCUGCAGGAAAAAUGGGAUGUCUUCUGUUAUAAAAAAGAUGAUGACUGCUCACCAUAUGACAGAGUUUACAAUGGUUUGGCCACAACAAUACCAGAAACACAAACAUUGUAUGAGUCAACUGGUAUAGAAGAAACUACCAAAGACACUCUUAUUAAUUUACAAACCAAUACUCUGGUAACUGCAAAUCAUGGGUUAAAGCAAAACACUAUACAUCAACAACCUAUGUCACCACAUGUGGAUUUUACCACUGAUGCACGUUAUAACAAUGUUACGGUUGCACAUAACAGUUAUACUCACAAGGCAAAACAGCCCCCACUGCAAUCAAAACUGGAUAUAGAUUCCACAAGCUCAAUAACUAAUACCUCAAUCAGCAGUCCUAAGGCUUUGGAAGGAGUGACAAGGCAAGAUGAACUGUCAACAACAACAGCUACAAAUUAUUCCUACAUUUCAUUAAAUAGUAAAGAAGUACCUCAAACUAAUAAUAUGAGUAAAGCUACAAUGGAACAUAAAGUGUUUAUCACAACUGAGCCAAAUCUUUAUACAGCUUCAUCCACUAAUGCUAGACAUAUUACCCUAAAAAAUGGUACAGAUGUAAAUGUCUUGGAAUAUAUUUUACAAGGAAGUCAGCAGACUUUAAGAAACAGUAAUACUGGUGACUAUGAGGUCAGUAGUAUAAGCUUUAUUCCAAUGACAACUGAAAGAAACUUUAUGAGAAAAACAUCUUCUACAUUAGACCAACAACACUUCAGUCAAACACCUCCUACUGAAAGUGAAGAUAAAACAAAAAUGUUUUUUAAUAAAGCAUCACUUUCCUCUAUACUGAUAACUGAAAAUCCAGUGUCUAUACCAACACCAGAGAAUGUUAAAAUUAAAGUAGCUUCAGAUUCUAGUUCUGAGUAUCAAAAUACAGUGACCACUGAUAAAAAUACAUUUAUAAGUCCUACCAUGAGCAGUUUUAACACUGAAAUAUUCUAUAAAGAAACUCGUAAUGUUAACAACAAUAAGGAAGAUAACUCCUUAUCAGUAACACCAAAAAAUCCAUAUUUUCCAACAGUCACUCUAACUGUAGGAAAUCAGGUAACCAGUCAAUUAAAUGAGGAAGAUAGCAGAAUCUAUUCAAUUUUAUCUACAAAUAAGCCCAGUUCAGUUCCACUACUGGUUUCAUUUGUGGACACACGUGAAGAAAACCAUAGAGUAGAACCUAAUGUAAACAUGACAUGGGAAGAUCUACAUUCUAGUCAUCACAAUGAAUUAAAUAUUGAUGAAAACGUAACAUUUUCAAGUUUAAAUCUCAAAAAGAAUGAGGGGGCUCUGGUAAAUGGAGGAGAAAAUGUCAUUACUUUUGAAACAACUACUAUGUCAGCUUUUAAUUCAAAUGGCAUCACAGAAAAGUCCACUGGAACAGAAAGACAUGAAACUGGUUCUUUAACUGGGAAUUUAACGUUACUGAAAACUGUUACUCCUGGAAUCAAACUAGUUACUAAUAGCUCUCAGUUAUCUAAUAUGUCAAUGAAAGAGGAUAUUUUACUUCCAGUGUCAUUGGAAAAGUACGAUAGCAAGGUAACAAAUUCCCAUGAGGCUUUGACUACUGCUAUGGUGACUUCUUUUCAAAAACAACCCCAUCCCACACUAGAGACAGAUGAAGCAUCUAUUUUACCUACCACACCUUCUGUUAAAAUAACAGAUCCUAUUGGUCCAAAUUCUCAGUUGAGCAAGCCUUUAGAUACAUGUGGGGGAGUUUUUAAAGGAAAUGCUGCUCAGUUUCAAAGUCCUGGAUUCCCACAAUCGUAUCCAAGUGAUAUGAAUUGUACAUGGGUCAUAGAAGCUCCUGUUGGCUAUUACAUCAUCCUAAUGUUCAGGUCACUAGUUCUUGAGGAACACCGGAAUUGCCAGUACGAUUAUGUCUUGGUUUAUGAUGGCAAAGAAAGUGACAAUAAGCAACUUGGCAGGUUUUGUGGAUCUCAGCUGCCCUCGCCUCUCCGAGCCACAUCUAAUGUACUGACAGUGAUUAUGAGAUCUGAUUCAUCAGUUGAACUUGAUGGGAUUUCAGUGCAGUUCAGCUCCAUCAAAUAUAUAUCUGAAGGAAUUCGUCUAAAUGAUGGAAAAAAUCCAUUUGAGGGCUUGGUGGAAGUAGAAUACCAGGGAAUGCGAGGCAGUAUUUGUGCCAAGCAAUGGAGUAAUAAAGAUGCACAAGUGGUAUGUCGGCAGCUUGGCUAUUCAGGCCCAGCUGUUGCUACAAGAAUCUUGGGAAAGAACAAUACGUCAGUAGCUAUUUCUUUUGUAAGUUGUGAUGGAAAUGAGGCAGCCUUGGAAAACUGCAAUAUGAAGAAUUCAGGAUCAUGUGGAACCCAAGAACGAGCAGGUGUCAUAUGCCAAGUGCUAGAGUCUUGUGCAGCUCUAAAGGACGCUGGCGUACAGGAGUCUGGAAUCUAUGCAAUAGACCCUGAUGGUGUGGGAGAAGGCGACAAUCACUUUACAGUAGACUGUGACAUGAAUUCUGACUCCACAACAGGUAUAACUAUCAUUGGUCAUGACUCAGAAGGUAGAGAGCGAGUUUCUUCAUGUGAAGACCCUGGAUGUUACUCCCGGAUUAUCAAGUACAAUGGGGCGUCUAUGAAUCAGCUUAGAUUGCUGACAUCCAUAUCCGAAUCCUGUGAGCAGUUUGUCAGACUUGAAUGCCGGCAUAUCCGUUUUUUGAAUGGUCCAUGGGGAUGGUGGAUUUCAAGAGAUGGACAUCAAAUAAACUCUUGGGGUGGAGCCGAUACCAACAGUGGAAGAUGUGCUUGUGGAGAAAGUGGUGAAUGCGCUUUGGAGGGCACAUCAUGCAACUGUGACGCAAAUGAUGAUGUUUGGAGAACGGAUGAAGGCGUCUUAACAGAUAAGGCCACUUUACCUGUCCAAGAAGUUAGGUUUGGGGAUACAAGAGAUGCCCCCAUGGAAAUGGCUUUCCACAGCAUAGGCAAGCUACGUUGUUGGGGAACAAUUUCAGAGCCUCCGAUCCUGCAGUCUUGUGCAGCUCUUAAAGAAGCUGGGAUUACAGACUCAGGCCGAUAUAUUAUCGAUCCAGAUGGUGUUGGCCAAGGAGUUUCCCAGUUUGAAGUGUUCUGUGACAUGUCUUCUGAUUCAGGUAUAACGGUGAUUAGCCACAACAGUGAGAGGCGCAUGCGGGUGACACCUUGUGAGGAAGCUGGUUGUUACAAGAGGGAGUUAACCUAUAAUGCAGAACUCUCUCAGCUCAACGCUCUUACUAAAGUAUCCCAAAGAUGUGAACAAUUUGUAAGGCUUGACUGCCGCCAUAUUCGCUUCAUAGAGUCUGGAUUCGGCUGGUGGGUUUCUUGGGAUGGGAAAAGAAUGAAUUACUGGGGAGGAGCUAAUCCUGCCACCGGAGGCUGUGCAUGUGGAAAGACAGGUACCUGCUCAGCUCCUGAUAAGGUCUGCAACUGUGAUAGCAAUGAUCAAGUGUGGAGAACAGAUGAUGGUUUUCUACGGGAUAAGGAUGCCCUCCCAGUGAAGGCUGUGCACUUUGGUGAUACUAAUGACUUCCCAUUGGAAAUGGCUUACCACACCAUAGGCAAACUGAGAUGUAGAGGCCAAGCAAGAUGAAAAAGAGAAUGGGACUGUGAAGACAUUUCCGAACAUCAAGCAUAUGGCAAGAGACGUGAUACUAAAUCCUGGUGAUUGAUGGGUGGCUUCUUUUAAAUAUAAAAUAAAAUAUAGAUUAUAUGAUACAAUAAUAUAUCUAGAUUUAUUAAACAGAUGUUAAAAUGAACUACAAGUAUUUUCUGCAAGAUUUUUUAUAGACGUUUGUUGCAUUAACGCCUGAAAACUUCUGUUUAUAUUAAUUAUAACAAUUAUGAAGAAUUCACUGUCUAAUCAUUUACAAUAAUUGUAUAUAAAAUUUAGGUCAAAUAAAAGAGCAUAUAGAGAAAAA